UCUUACUCCAGCAACUCCUCAGCACUACAGCAGCUCUGUACAGGCAUUUUCAGUGCUUCCGGGGGACAGAAUAAUAUAAACAUUAAAGAUUCGUAGCUGAUUGUUCAUAUGUGUUCAGGGGGAGAUGAACUACAUUGGAUCCUGCAUAAUUUGGCUUUGUAUGGCAGUCUUCCUCCUCCUUCCUGUUUCUACUUCCGUGGCUGUGAGUGACCAGACAGGUGCUGUGUGUCCUUUAAUGAAAACAGCUGUCCGCCAUCUCAAACAAAUCAACAGAGACAGUCGUGGUGUUUCAGGAUUUGAUCUGGCAGAAAGCUUUUCUUUGAGGCAAACACCUUGUGGAGGGGAAAAGAUCUGUUUUAAACUGGGAAGUGCACCUCUCAUUAGAGAUACAAGGCAAGUGUUUCCAAAUGGGCUUCCUGAAGAAUACUCUCUAGUUGCUGCAUUCCGUGUACGGCGAAAUACCAAGAAAGAACGUUGGUAUAUAUGGCAAGUUUUAAAUCAGUAUGACACACCUGAGAUCUCUGUCCUUCUGGAUGGUACAAAAAAGGUGGUGGAGUAUAUGACCAAAUCCGCUCAGGGAAAUAUACUGCACUACACUUUUAAGAGUCGAGAAAUUUACCCGUUGUUUGAUCGGCAGUGGCAUAAGCUUGGUAUUAGUGUGCAGUCAGGGAUCAUUUCGCUCUAUUUGGAUUGUAAUUUAAUUGAGAGAAAGCAGACUGAUGAAAAAUUCACCAUUGACUUGCAGGGAAGGACACUGAUUGCUUCUCGUACUGCAGAUGAUAAGCCUGUAGAUAUUGAACUUCACCACAUAGCAGUUUAUUGUAAUCCAAAACUUGCAACAGAAGAUACAUGUUGUGAAAUAUCUGCAGACUUGUGUCCACGUGAGGAAAGGUUAUUUGCUACAACAUUGUCACCAGCAACUGCUCAUGCCAGCAAAAUAUACACGCUUCCAGGAAUGCAGCAAGAAUCUAGAGAGAGAUGCCACUGCUUUCCAAACAAAGGAGAAGCCGGAUUGCCAGGAGUAUCUGGUUUGCCAGGCCAGAAAGGAGAAAAAGGAGAAAAGGGUGAAAUGGGCGUGAAAGGACAGGAUGGAGCUGCUGGUCUGCCUGGCGAAAAGGGUGAACGUGGCUUUGCAGGUAGCAAAGGCGAAGAAGGUGAAAAGGGUGAAAAAGGAGAUAAAGGAGAACCAGGACCAGAAGGCAUGCAUGGAACAGAGGGACUAAAAGGUGACCCUGGCAGACCUGGUGUGGCUGGUCCGAAAGGAGAAAAGGGAGAUGCAGGACCUCCAGGACCAGCUGCCUUGAGUGGUUUGCUGGAGGGUCCCCAAGGUCCACCUGGCAAAGAAGGUCAAAGGGGAAGACGAGGCAAACCAGGUCUCCCAGGAAAACCGGGGCCACCAGGACCUCCUGGUCCUUCUGGACUAGAAGGAAUUCUGGAUUCAUUGAACAAACAUUAUAAUGAGAGUGAUACAAGACUACUAGAAGUACUUGGGACCCCUGGACUUAAAGGCCAGAAGGGAGAUGUUGGUCAGAAAGGAGAAUUGGGAAUGACAGGCGCGAAAGGAGAAAAGGGAGAGCCUUCUGAAAAAGGGGACAAGGGAGAUCCAGGAGAGACUGGAAUGCAGGGAUCGAAAGGAAAUAAGGGUGAAGUGGGAGACCCUGGACCACCUGGUCUUAUCGGAAAUCCAGGAUCAAAGGGACUGCAAGGCCCUCCAGGACCUGUCGGACCCAGGGGACUGCCAGGAGAAGUUGGCUUACCAGGAGAGCAUGGGGUACCAGGAAACCCAGGAGUUAAAGGAGACAAGGGUGACCCUGGUGGGAUUAUGGGACCACCUGGACAUCCAGGUCCAAAAGGUGAUAUGGGGCCUCCUGGACCAAGUCUGCCUGGAACACCAGGUCCCACUGGUGUUCCUGGAAACCCAGGUCCACGGGGACCAAAGGGAGAAAGAGGACUACCUGGUGUACAGGGAGCACCUGGGGAGAUGGGGCCCCCUGGAAUAGGCAUUCAGGGAUCACCAGGUCCUAUAGGUCCAACUGGAUCAGCAGGUGUGCAGGGCCCUAGGGGACCGCCAGGGUUACCAGGAACUCCAGGUACUCCUGGUAUUAAUGGCACUCCAGGAAGAGAUGGAAAGCCAGGACUACCAGGCCCUCCAGGUGAUCCUAUUGCACUGCCACUUGUGGGAGACAUGGGUGCCAUACUGAAGGGUGAUCCUGGCACAAGAGGACCUCCAGGCAUCCCUGGUAGAGAAGGGCCAAAGGGAAGCAAAGGUGAACGUGGAUUUCCUGGGCUUGCAGGAGAGAAGGGUGAUGAGGGUCUUCAAGGUGCUCCUGGACUGCCAGGCAUACCAGGACCCAGUGGACCAUCUGGAGUCACAGGAAGACCUGGACAUCCUGGUCCAGCAGGGGCAAAAGGCGAAAAGGGUAGUGAAGGCUCUCCUGGGAAACCUGGACCACCUGGGCCUCCGGGUAUGCCUUACAAUGAAAGAAAUGGAAUGAGCAGCUUAUAUAAACUGCAGGGAGGUGCGAGUGUCGCUAGUUAUCCAGGUCCACCAGGACCUCCGGGUCCAAAAGGAGAUCCUGGAACAGUGGGAGACCCAGGACCAAUGGGCUUACCAGGACUGGAAGGACUCCCAGGGGAAAAGGGUGACCGUGGACCAGCCGGCACACCGGGAGUAGCAGGGACACCGGGAAAGCCAGGAUCUCCUGGGUCCCCAGGGAUGCCAGGGGAACCUGGUGAAAGAGGACCUAUAGGAGAUAUAGGCUUCCCUGGUCCAGAAGGGCCACAAGGAAAACCAGGAAUCAAUGGAAAAGAUGGAUUGCCAGGUCCUCCGGGUGCUGUGGGGAGACCAGGAGACAGAGGACCCAAAGGAGAACGUGGAGAUCAGGGUAUUCCAGGGGACAGAGGUCCACAGGGUGAACGAGGGAAACCUGGCCCUACAGGAGAAAAGGGAGAUGUGGGUCCUGUUGGCCCACCAGGAGACAGAGGCUAUCCAGGAUCACCAGGUCAUCAAGGUCCCCCAGGUUCACCAGGACCCCCAGGGUUUCCAGCUGAUGCAGUUUCACUUGAAGAAAUAAAAAAAUAUAUCAAACAAGAGGUUCUUAAGGUUUUUGAAGAAAGGAUGGCUCAAUUUGUAUCCCAGCUGAAGCUGCCUGCUGCGAUGCUUGCCUCCCAAGCUCAUGGUAAACCAGGGCCCCCAGGAAAAGAUGGGUCACCAGGGCCACCAGGAAAUGAUGGUUUACCAGGGCCACCAGGAGAACGUGGAAUUCAAGGUUAUAGAGGACAGAAAGGGGAAAGAGGCGAGCCUGGAAUUGGACUGCCCGGUAACCCCGGACCACCUGGCCCUGCAGCUGCCGGCCUGCCAGGCCCACCAGGAGCACCAGGCUCACCCGGACCGCAGGGGCCACCUGGACCCAGUGGGAGAUGCAAUCCUGCAGAUUGCUAUUACCACAUAUCACAGACUCGGUCACACACCAGCAGAAAAUAAAAACCCUCUCCCCCAGACACUUGGGUUCAUAAUCACUUUUCACUCCUCCUGAUAAGUUAAUUUAAUUUUUUAAAUAUUUGGUGCAUUUUUAUUUUUUUUUUCCUCGACACUGCAUGGUAUAUAGAUAAUUUGUAAGGCACAAAAUUGAGCGUUUUUCUAUGUUUUUUGCAGUGUCGUAAUUAUGAAAUGAUGAUGUAUAUUUUCCGGAGUGCAUUCCAUGUGUUGUUUCUCAUAUUUAUUUUGCUUAGAACAGAAAAUAGGCACAAAUAAUUUUCAUCACCUUCUUUCUUCAAACAAAAAAUAUUUUGUUAUUACUUAAGACAUUAUGUAUGCCCCAGUAAGUAAGCUGGCUUUAUUUUUCUUGCUGGUGGUGAAUUUUAAAUCAAAAAUAUACAUUUCUGAAGUUUCAAAGCAUACUUGUUCGUGGCGAACGCAGGACCUGAGCCGGAGCACUGGGAACUCUGUUCAGACUAAACAUUCAUGUCCCUCGAGGAGGCUCUGGCACACCUUCUGAAAAGGGUCUUUGUUGUGCAUCACAAAGGCUGCCCACCAUUUCAGUCACGUCCAAGAUGCUGAAGAAGGAGACGAAGAUGUGUUUAUGAUCUCCCUAAUCCCAUCCAAUGCUGAGCUUCACACUGACUGAAAAAUCACCAGGUGUAGCCUCAGGAAAUGUCUCUCCUGAGUGGAUGUUGUCCCAGCUAGGGGGCUUGUAUGUUCAUUUAGUCAUGGCUACAUGCAGUCCAGAUAUUUAACUGCAAAGGGCUGGUGUUGAUGUUCGUGACUGAGAACUGGCAUGUAUUCUGACCAUCACAUGGACUAAGUGUACCACUGUUGCCUGUAAUCAAGCUACUCUGCCACUAGGUCUGCCUACAGCAAAGGUGACCCCCUUUAGAGCAGAGAGUGGUGGGUACGCAGUCCAAGAUGGGAACUUCACAAGCCUCUGAUCUUGGCAGUGGUACCGUUUUCCUCUUCCUCCUGCAAUAAUCACGUGCUGAAAUAAGCUUGAGAAGAACAUGGAAACUGUAGAAUGUAAAAUUCACAGGUCCUAGUAAAUCACAAAAAAGUCACUUGAGUGCAAGAAAGAUUUGGAAAAAAGUACAAAACCCUCCUUGAAAGGUGUAAUACCAAGAGCACAACUGCAGACAGUUUUCAGGCAAUGAGUACAUCCUACAGGACCAGACAACGUCAGCCAGAUAGAAUGAAAUGUACAUCCUGUAGCGCUCAAAGAGCUGAGCAAUAGAAAAUCUGGAGAAAAUUAAUCACACAGAGGCUGGUUGUGAAAAGGAGGGAGGAGACAUGGCCAAAGUUUCACUUCUGAUUAUUAGGAAACAGAUCAUCCUAGGUUAGUCCUGUGGAAUUUUCUGCAGUGCAAUAGAAAGUGAAGGUGCUAUGGGAAGAACGAACACAGAUAGCUAUAACCCAAAACCUCAAAAUACAUCUGUAGUGCAAAGCCAUACUGAGGGCUCUCACUCUGUCAUUAGGAAGCCGGGCACUCUCCCACAUCAGGCAGAAAAAUGGUUUUGAUGACUUUGUGCUUCAGCACUAUGGAGCUGCCAGGGAAGCAUUCUCACACUGGAAGUGCUGGCUUCCAGAGAAGCUGUUGUGAAACAUGAAUCUGGAUGAAUUCUUGAUUUUGCUGAAAAACAGUUAAGGAAUGACCAGUGUGAGUCUUUAAAAGCAGAAAAACACUGGCAUUUGUUCUGAAUAGAGUUCCUAACACUUGCAUCCAGAGUGAGAUGAAAGCAAGAGGUAAAAGACUUAACCCAGGCAGCUGGGGAGCUCAGGCACAUAUUAUGAGGGGGAAAGCACACAUCCCUGACAUAUUCAUCAAUUAGAUGUUUGGAUGAAAGAGGGUGCUUGCUACAAAGAGAUGUUAAAGGAAACAUAAGGAUGAAAAGCUGAGAGUAAACAACCAGGACAGAUGAGGGCAGCAGGAAAGAGGAGGAUGCUACCUAAAGGAAGUGUAAUACACCCUACAGCUGGGGACUCCCUGUGGGGUCAGGGUGGUUUGUAUGUCCCUCACGAGGUUGGGAACAGAUAGAUCAAAGCCCACCAGCGAACUCCAAUCCUCACACCUCCUUUUCUGCUCAUCCCUCCCAUCCCUUGGGAGGCAAUAGCUGCCCCUUCUUUAGGCCAGCACAUCCUCCGCUCUACGGGCAGUGGGUACCUGUCCCACCAGGGUGAAGGUGCAGGACAAGUGGUCCUACCUGUGCUUAUUUCAACUCACCCCACUCCUCUUCCAGACCUCCUGUGCCCAUGGAGUGUGUUUUGGUUUGCUCUGUGGAACUGAUCAUCUUUCCAGAUCUGGUCCUUAGAGUGCCAAGGCUGUGAGAGCACUGGGAACUGGUGAGGCAGCUUGAAACCAAGCAAUUGUCUGUCCUGAGGCACCUCCUGCAGUGUGGCCCCUGGGUCUGCCCAGCCCAGCAAGUACAG